AUGGCCUUGUUCACGCCGCCGCCACCCAAAGCGGUGCCGCCUAUGCCGGUGGUGGCGCCCUACGUGUCGGAUGCGGAUACGCGCAAGAAGUUGUGGGAACUGGGGAUGAGGCAUCAUUUGAAGGCCUUGGAAGGCGUCACCGCCGUGACGGAUCAGUCAGACCCGGGCGCCAGCAUGGCGCCGGUGCACCGGGCGCGCGAACGCGCCAGGGACUUCGUGCGGGGCGAGAUGAGGAGAGACAUCGUGGAUAGCAACAAGCAGCUGGUCUCACGAUUGAAGGAGAUCGUGAAAAAACCCAGCGCCGUGUCGCCUCCUACGGCGCCUCAUCACAAUGCAAGAUCUGCAAUGCUCAGCAGGGAUCGGCAGCUGCGACAGAAGCACAUCCAGAACGAGAACAAGUUCCUGGUGCGACGCAUCCUUUCUGUCAAAAGCAGCCUGGAUAUCAGUGGUCUUGAGAAGGACUACUGGAGGCAUCGCAAGGAUGUGAGCCGGCUGCAGCAGAUCCCCAAGCUCCCACCCCUGGACAAACCCAGCCGGCCGCGGAAGCGCCUGGAGGCAGAGCCUUUACCAGCUCGAACCCCCAGCGCUGGCUCUUUCAGGCCUGUGCGGGCACAGUUGCCGCUUCCAAUGCCAAAGAGUAGCUCCAUGCCAGCCCUUGCACCACUGCAAGUUGAGGAGAAGUCAGCGGACAAAGCCCUUCUCAAGAAGCGCUCCACGAAGAAGGAGCUUCAAACUGCCCAAGCCAAGGUACCACAGAAGGUUGCGGCAUUCCGGACCGCGGAUGGUCAGGCCUUUGACGUCCCCGGCUACGUGGCUGGGCUUUUCCAGCGAUCCAUCCGAAGAGCGGAGGACUUUGAACUUCACGAUCAGGUGAUUGACUCGGCGAACAUCACCCAGAGCAGUUUCCUGCGCGCUCAGGAAAAGGCGGCAGCGGAAUUCCUGGUGGAUGAGAUGACCAAUGAAGCUUUGGAGGUGUUAUCGCACGGGGAGGCGCGGUCCCUGAUGAACGACACCCAGGCCAGCUGGCCCUCGACCGGUGCCUGGUGGCAAGCGGGUCUCUGUUUUGGCCCUGAAGCUCUGGCUGAAGCUCUGGCUGUAUGGGGCCGGGCCAUUGUAGCCGUGGCACAGCUCAGCAAUUUGGGAGAAGUCCCACAGGCGGCGCUGCAAAAACAGCAGGCGCUGCAGGCGCAGCAGGAGGCGGCCGAAGCCGAGCAGCGCCGCCGUGCCGAGGCCAAGGCCUUGGCGCAGCAGGAAGCGCAGCAGUUGGCAUCGCAGAGGGCGCAGAAUCAAGGCGACCUCAUUUCAGCAAACUGCUAUGCCAAUGACGCGGCGGAAUACUUUGGAGAGAACUUUGCCCAUCGCUUGCGCUGGGCUCAUGCCGUGAACAGCCUGCGGGUGCUGCGACAAGCCUUGUGUUCCAAUGCUCAUUUUGUUGAGGCCGACGUGUCUGCGGGCACCCUGAUGGAAGAGAAACAGGACCCAGCCAGCGAGUCGCCCAAGAAUGCAGCCACUGCAGAGACCUCAGUGGCUACGUCUUCCAAGAUUCCCAUCAUCAUGGCGCACUACCCGACUCAACGUUCUUCGGAUCUGUCUUUCGAGCUCUUUGUGGCGGCAGUGUUGAAGCACAAUGCGCAGGUGGACGGCGACGGCCUCGACAGCCUGGAGAACACCGCGGACGCGCCGCUGGAGGCCCCGACGGCGACCGAGGUCCCGACGGAGGCCCCCACGGAGGCCGAGGCCGAGGCCGAGGCGUCGCCCAAGCGGUCGCCCUUCUCCGAGCCGGUGCUGCACCAGGAGCAGGAAGAACCGCUGGUGAGGAGCGCCAGUGCCAUUGAGACAAGGCAAAAGUUACCUUGUCACGAGGCGGAAGCCUUCGCUGGGGAUCUGCACCGAGAGUUAGCGGCCUCAAAUCAUGACCCCAUGAUGAUGGCCUGCAUCGGGGCCCGGAGAGGCAUCAACGGCCUCAGGCCCCGGAGCUUCUCAAAGAAAGGGGUCAAGUUGGACUUCAAAGUUCUGGAGUGCGUCGAACCAGCCCUAAGGCACUUGCACAGUGUCGAUGCGGCAAAAAAGUUGGGCGGACACCUCUGGCUGAACGCAGAUGUCUUUGCGGGGCCUGGCUAUCCUGAGCGCUUCCUGUCGCCCAUAGAUGCAAGGCACAGGGUAAAUGGUGCAGUGGGAAGGUCAGAUUGGUCUGCUGGUUGUUUCUCAAAAGAAAGGGGACCCCAAAAUCAUUCAAAAGAGGUCAUUUAUGGUCAUUCAGUACGGAAACCCAUGCUUUUGGGGCACCCCGAUUCUUGGAAACACCCAGUUGGCCAGGGGUAA